AUGGAGCCUCGCGUUGGAAAUAAGUUUCGGCUUGGUCGUAAGAUCGGUAGCGGAUCGUUUGGAGAGAUCUAUUUAGGUACUAACAUUCAAAAUAAUGAAGAGGUUGCAGUUAAGCUUGGGGUUUCGUUUAAUCAGUUUCUGCAAGGGGUUGUGAAAAUUUGGGUUCAGAUUGGAUUUUGUCGUGGCGUUCUUAAUGUCAUUGAUCGGUUUGUGUGCACUUCUAUUCUGGGUGAAAAUGUCAAGACAAAGCAUCCUCAAUUGCUAUAUGAGUCCAAGUUGUACAGAGUUCUCCAAGGAGGAACUGGAAUUCCAGAUGUUAAAUGGUUUGGAGUGGAGGGAGAUUACAAUGUUCUAGUGAUGGAUCUGCUUGGACCUAGUCUUGAAGAUCUAUUUAACUUCUGCAGUAGAAAGCUCUCACUAAAGACAGUUCUCAUGCUCGCUGAUCAAAUGAUCAAUCGCGUGGAGUUUGUUCAUUGUAAAUCUUUUCUACACCGGGAUAUCAAACCAGAUAAUUUCCUCAUGGGCUUGGGAAGGAGGGCAAACCAGGUGGCUGAUCAUUUACUUGCAUUGUGUCGAGGUUAUCCAUCAGAAUUUGCAUCAUACUUCCAUUACUGCCGCUCAUUAAGAUUUGAUGAUAGGCCAGAUUAUGCUUACCUCAAGAGGAUAUUUCGUGACCUAUUUAUUCGGGAAGGAUUCCAGUUUGAUUAUGUGUUUGAUUGGACAAUCUUGAAGUAUCAGCAAUCACAGCUAGCCGCUCCUCCUGCACGCACUGUUGGUCCUACUGCUGGAACCAGUUCUGCAAUGCCCCCAGCUAUGACUAAUGCCGGUAGACAGACAGGAGAGGAAGAAGGACGACAUCCUGUUCCGGUUUCAGGGGAUUCCACACGGAGAAGAAUGUCGGGGACCAUCCCAAACUCUGUAAAUAUUUCAAAGCAGAAAAAUCCAGUCACCAUGGAUAAGGAAGCCAUGUUAUCAAGGCCCAAUGUCAUGGGUCAGUCAAGUGGAUCAAGGCGAGCUGCAGUUUCUAGUAGCCGCGAUGCAUUUGCUGGUAGUGAAUUGGAUCAUCGUAGUCGUACUGCUGAGGCUAACCCUGGAACAGUGCGCAAAAUAUCAUCUGGGAGAAAUGCUUCUCAUGUCAAAAACUAUGAAAGUGCAGUCAAGGGCAUUGAAGGUUUGCAUUUGGAAAAUGAUGAGAGGGCACAUUAUUAA